GCUUGAGAAAGAUGCGAGAUUUUCUUGACAUUUUCUUAUGUGCAUGAAGAAUAAAAGGGGAAAAAACUCUGAAAUGCAAGCCUUUUACUUUUUCUGCAGCUAAAUUCUGUUCUCAAAGGGUGAGAUGGAUGAAGAUGCAAACACGUCCAAACGCAGAUUCAAGGUACGCGCAACCAGCACACAUUUCAUAUUCUCUGAACUCGCGUAUGGACCGUAGCCUUCUUGUCUCAAAAGACAAUCGCUGUCGACCUUGCCCAUACCCAUUCGGCUUUUGUUUUUGGACUGUAAAUUUAUGUAUUAAUAUUUGCCGUACUCUCUAGUGGGUAUAUUAUUCCAGUAACUGGGGUUCUAGGUUUGGAGCAUGAUCAGAAACUGGAGAUGAAAUGAACGUAAAUUCUGUUCUUGGUCUGAUUCUGAUGGUUUCAAUUCCGGGUCAUUCAAAUGUUAGAUGUGAGGUGUGUGAAUAUCACUGAAUAGUGUAGUCAGUUGGUUUCGCAAAGAUGGUCAAAACUUGUUGGAAGUCAUAUAUAAGUAGGGAGAGAACCCUUCUAGAUGGAGAUACCAGUCCUCAGAACAGAGAUUCCGCUGGCCAGAUUGAUGGUUUGUUGUGGUACAAGGAUUUAGGGCACCUUGUUCAUGGUGAAUUCUCAAUGGCAGCAGUUGAAGCAAAUAGGGUUACGGAAGAUCAAAGCCAACUAGAAUCAGGACCGUUGAGUUCAAUCCGUUCCGGUCCUAGUGGAACGUUCAUUGGGAUUUAUGAUGGACACGGAGGGCCUGAGGCUUCCCAGUUUAUUAGCGACAAUCUUUUCAACAAUCUGAAGAAAUUUGCAUCCGAGCAUAAAGAGAUAUCCGAAAAUGUUAUCAAAAAGGCUUACUCAAAAACAGAAGAAGACUUUUUCACUCUUGUAAAAGAUAAGUGGCUUAGUUUGCCAGCAAUUGCCUCAACUGGAUCGUGUUGUUUGGUUGGUAUAAUAUAUAAUGGACUGCUGUAUGUUGCAAAUGUUGGAGACUCCCGGAUGGUAUUAGGCAGAGUGCAGAGGCCCACUCAGGAGGCCAUAGCUAUUCAAUUAUCAACGGAGCACAGUUUAAGCAUUGAAUCUGUGAGAGAAGAACUUCGGUCAUUGCAUCCCAAUGAUCCGCAGAUUGUGGUUUAUAAACACAAGGUUUGGCGUGUAAAGGGUAUCAUACAGAUUUCAAGAUCCAUAGGUGAUGCGUACCUGAAAAGGCCAGAGUUCAACAAAGAGCCUUUAUAUACUAGGUUUAGACUGACUGAACCCUUCGAAAAACCAAUCCUUGGUUCAGAGCCAUCAAUAGUUAUGCACAAACUCCACCCUGAAGAUCAGUUUCUCAUAUUUGCUUCUGAUGGGUUAUGGGAGUAUCUCAGCAACCAGGAUGCUGUUAACAUUGUCCAAAAUUUCGCACGUAAUGGAAUUGCAAAGAAACUUAUUAAAGCUGCACUUCAAGAAGCUGCAAGGAAAAGAGAAAUGAGGUAUUCAGACCUGAGAAGGAUUGACAAAGGGGUAAGGAGACAUUUUCAUGAUGAUAUAAGCGUUGUAGUUGUAUUUCUGGAUUCCCAUGUGAUGAGUAGGAGUUCCUUCUGCACUUCCCCUUUGUCAAUAAGAGCAGGUGGAGGACUUGCUAAUUCCUAGCUUAAUUCCCAUCUUCCAUCUUUCCUACACGAAAAAGGAUACAUUAUUCAUUUGUAGUGGACAUCUCUACAAUAACAAUAACAGUCCUCAAUCUGUGUAAUGUAUUGAAGAUAAAGCAUGUACUUGGAGUAAACUUCUGCUUUUGAAAUCAUCUACGAAUAGUGCUUCAAACUCAAUCUCUUCAGCUGGACAGCUGGGUGAUGAUUACCGCAAAUAUUUCAGGUAGGACUGCUGCUAUUAAGUUUGGAUGUACUUAUGCUUCUGCUGAAGUUGAUACUGAAAUUGUGUUUCUUAACUGCGUACAUUUAUGAGUUUCUAAUUUCUUGUUCCCUCUUCCAAUCAUUUCAACAUGUAAUCUUCUUCAA